AUGGUUUGUGGAUUAUGCAACUGUUGGUACCGUAUUUGGUUGGCAUGGGAUGAUAGCUUAAUUGAUGUUGAUGUGCUAUCGUCGGGAUCUCAAUUUAUCCAUGCUCGUAUUACAUUUAGAGCCUUGCAUAAUCCUGUUAUCAUUACUAUUAUUUAUGGUGCUAAUGAGGUGGCUGCUAGGAGGGAUCUUUGGGGUACCUUGGAGGCUUUAGCUCUAAAUUGUGUUGAUAGCCCAUGGAUGGUUGGAGGGGAUUUCGAUGCAGUUAGAGAUCUUAGUGAAGUUUGUGGUACAUCGGGCGAUAUAAGGAUGGCGAUGGAGGAAUUCAAUUCCUGUAUUCAGAAUAGUGGACUCUUACCAUUGCCUAUGCAGGGUGAAUGGUUUACUUGGCAUAACUACAGUGCUAGCCCGUGUAACCUUUGGAAGCGGUUGGAUAGGAUCCUCACGAAUGACAUUUGGAUGUUGAGAUAUCCGACGCUGUCCUAUACAUGCCUCACCCCCCGUACGUCUGAUCAUUCGCCCUUGAUUUGGCAGCAUGAGAUAGUUGGUAUACCUAUGUAUGCGGUCACUCGAAAGUUGAAAGCCUUGAAACCUAUUUUCCGUGAACUAAGAAGGGAGAAAGGGAACCUUUCGCAUAACGUCCAGCUUGCAAAAGGAUUUCUUGACAUGGUGCAAAAUCUGAGGGCAAAGAUGCAGUGGAUGAAGGAAGGAGACCAGUGUACACGUGUAUUCUUUCGCAAGAUUGCACAUCGACGUGCAGUAAAGAGGGUGUUACAGAUUAACGAUGGUUAUGGGGUCACCCAGACCAAUCCUGAUGCAGACGAAGCCUCGCCGCUUAUCAAGUCUUUCACGGCUGAGGAUGUGAAACUUGCAAUGUUUGAUAUAGUAGAAGACAAAGCUCGAGGACCAGAUGGCUAUUCGUCGGGGUUUUUUAAAACUGCAUGGACAGUCAUGGGUGAUGAAGUCACUAGAGCUGUCUUGAAUUUCUUUGCUAAGGGGAAACUUUUAAAGCAAGUCAAUUGUACGCUCUUGGCGGUUAUUCCCAAGGUACACUCCCCUAUUACUGUAGCUGACUUUCAUCCCAUUUCUUGUUGCAAUGUGAUUUAUAAGGUUAUUGCUAAGCUACUGGUCCAAUAUUUGAGUGUGGUCUUGGGCAAGCUUGUUAGUCCUUGUCAGGCGGCUUUCAUACCUGGCAGGAGUAUUGGGGAUAAUAUCAUGAUGGCACAAGAGUUAUUCACUGGAUAUAAUCAGAAGAGAUUACCUCCACGGUGUGCCUUGAAAGUGGACAUAUGUAAAGCAUAUGAUACUGUGGAGUGA